AUGGAGUGGGGCGGCUGCCAGCACGGGAAGCUGUCGUCAGAGGAGACGAAGCAGGGAACGCGUGUGACGAGGUCCAAGUGCGGCCACGCAGUGGGCGGUGUGGCCAUUAAGUCACUUGCGAGGGGCAGUCCUCCGCCUGAGGGGCCGGACUGUCCCUGGUACCGAGGGACGCGGCCGGCCCUGCGUCCGUCCUCGGCUAUGGAGAUCGCAGCGGGGGGAUCCAGCCGGUGGCCGCCGCUCGCGCUCCAGCUCCAGCUGGCGGCGCUGCUGGGGACGCUCGCACCGCAGGGUCCUGAGCCCGGGGUGGCCUCUGCAGGGGUGUGGCUGGGCCACCCGGAUGCGAGGCUUCCUGCCGGGAGCUCAGCCUCACCCUGUUUGCUCAAGGAGGGACUGGAGCUGGCCCAGACGCUCAGGCCCGAGAGCCUCCUGCUGGUGUCCACCCUGGACGGAAGUCUCCAUGCUCUGAGCAAGCAGACAGGGGACUUGAAGUGGACGCUGAAGGACGAUCCCGCCAUCCAAGGCCCUACGUACGUCACAGAAACGGCCUUUCUCUCAGACCCCGCUGAUGGCAGCCUGUACAUCUUGGGGACCCAGAAACAACAGGGACUCAUGGUGCGUUUCCGGGGUGCGUGGGGUGGGAGAGGGCCGGGGCUUCUGUGA